UCUCAUGGUAUUGCUACUGGUGGUAAUACUUUGCUUAUUACUGGUGCUAUUGUCUGCUAAAGAUGCUACCAGUACCAGCAAUACAGCUAUCACUGGAGCUAUUGCUGGAGCUGGAAGUUUUGUUCCUCCUAACUUCACUGAAUGGGCUAAUGAUGUUGUAUCUAAAGUUAACCAGACCCUUCCUAAUUUCAAUCAAUGGGCUAAUGAUGUUGUAUCUAAAGUUAACCAGGCCCUUCCUGAUUUUAAUCAAUGGGCUAAUGGUGUGGCACAGAAUACUGCUCAGUUACUGCAAAACUCUUCAAACUUCACUGAAAUCAAUGAACAAAUCUUGCAAACUACAAGAGAUUCUGCACAAAAGCUAAUAAACAUUGUCAAAACCCUCUCUAAUCUAGAAGACACCAGUACCUCUAUUGCUGGAGUGGUUGAUGAUAUACUACUUAAAGCACUAGAACUAUUAGCACUUCACAAUGACUCAACUGCUUUACCUACCUCUUGUAAAGAGAUUAAGAAGAGACAACCACUCAGUCCAUCAGGUGUGUAUCUUCUGGCAAAUACCAUUACUGCUUACUGUAAUAUGGAGGAGCUGUGUGGUUCAGGAGGAGGAUGGACAAGACUAGCAUAUCUGAAUACGACUGAUCCUACAGAGAACUGUCCUUCUGGGUUUAGACUGUACCAGUCAGGAGGAGUUAGAGCUUGUGGUAGAGCAACAUCAAUCUUGUCUUUCAUUGGGAAUGACUACUUCUGUGAAUCUGGUAAUCCUGCUACUAGUGAUACAUGGCAAUCCAUACUCUAUGGAACUGAUCCAUUGUGGGAUGGUGAAGGAUGUGGUAGUCUUGAAGGUAAUUGCUGUAAUGCUACUGGUAUUCCAUGGUUCAAUAAGGUACUUGGUACUACCACUACUGACUACCUUGAGCUGAGGGUGUGUGGAGAUGAGGGAACAGCUAAUGAGGAUGCUCCUGUCAGCUUUUAUGAGUUGUAUGUCAAAUGA